AAUAAAGCUUAGUAAAUUUGUGGUCUUCGUAGGCGACACAGCUGAUUUUUUUUAAUUAAAUUAAAUUCCAUUCUAGUUAUCAUGUUGCUGUUUAUCACUUUAACAGCAGUUUUAGUUUAUGUUAUCUACAAGUGGUCAACGUCCACUUAUGACUUCUUUGAAAGGCAAGGUAUUCCAUAUCGAAAGCCGUUACCACUUUUUGGUACCAAUAUUAACAUGCUGUUGAAGAAGAAGCCAUUCAUUGAUGUUCUUAAGGAAUGGUAUAAUGAGUUUGAGAAUGAGAAACUUUCAGGACUUUUUGAAUUCCGUCGACCAGUCGUUCUUAUUAGAGAUCCUCAAAUAAUCAAGCAACUUACCAUUAAAGAUUUCGAUCACUUUAUGGAUCAUCGAGUGUUAAUUACUGAAGACAUCGAUCCAUUGUUUGGCAAGAAUUUAGUUUCUCUCACUGGCGACAAAUGGAAAGACAUGAGAGCUACUUUAUCUCCUGCAUUUACUGGUAGUAAAAUGCGUCAAAUGUUUGAUUUUGUCAGUACCGUGGCAAUUGAAAGUGCUGAAAUUCUUAAAAUUGAUAUUGAAAGUGGAAAGGAGAAUAAUUUUGAGUUUAAAGAUUUUGCAUCAAAAUUCACAUGUGACAACAUUGCAAGCUGUGCUUUUGGAAUUGAAGUCAAUUCCUUUAAAAAUCCAACAAAUGAUUUCUUAAGAAUUGCAAAAAAAGUCAUGAACUUUUCAAGUCCAUUGAUGGGCUUAAAGCUUGUUGGAUAUUUCACAUCUCCAAAACUGAUGAAAUCUUUGGGAAUAAGCUUGUUAGACAAAGAAAGUUGUGAUUACUUUCAAAAUGCUUUAAUCGAUACCAUGAGAACGAGAGAGAAGUUAGGAAUCAUUCGUAAUGACAUGAUCAACUUGAUGCUUGAAGCUAAGAAAGGAAAGCUUGUUCACAAUAUUAAUGAAGAAUCAAGUGCUGAUGGAUUCGCUACAGUUGAAGAAUCUCAUGUUGGGAAAUCAAAAGUUAAUAGAAAAUGGGAAGAAUUGGAUUUAGCAGCUCAGUGCUUUAUAUUCUUCUUGGCUGGAUUUGAUACUGUUGCUCAAACUAUGAGCUUCGUAGCUUAUGAACUAGCUUGCAAUCCAGAUAUCCAACAAAGAUUAUACGAAGAAAUUCUCCAAACAGUCAAUGAUAUUGAUAAUCAGAAAAUCAACUAUGAACAACUUCAAUCCAUGAAGUACCUUGAUCAAGUGAUCUCAGAAACUCUUCGAAAAUGGCCAGCAGCUCCAAUGACUGAUCGUUUAUGCACAAAAGAUUUUGACUUGAAAUAUGACAACAAAGUGAUGAAAUUUGAGAAAGAUGUGAACAGUAUUAUGAUUCCAAUAUGGAUGUUGCAUAGAAAUCCAAAAUACUUCCCAAAUCCAGACAAGUUUGAUCCUGAAAGAUUCAAUGAUGAGAAUAAGCACAAAAUUCAAGAUUUCACUUAUUUGCCAUUUGGUGCUGGUCCAAGAAACUGCAUUGGAAGCAGAUUUGCAUUGAUGGAAGUUAAAACAAUUUUCUUCUACUUACUGUUAAACUUUAGCAUUGAAGUCACCGAGAAAACUCAGAUUCCAUUAAAGUUUGAAAACCUUCCGUUCCAAAUGAAACCAGAAAAGGGAAUUUGGGUUGAAUUAAGACCACGUGUCUAG